GGCAAUUAUUUUUCUGUCGGGUAGUCGGGUUAUUAAAAAGAAAUUUAUCAAGCCAAAAAUUGUUCUGAAUUCGUGAAAAUUUAUUGAAAAAUGGUUAAUUCCUUGUAAAUUAGGCAUAAGUCAAUUAUAUUUAAGUGAAAUUGAAGUUGAACAUCUAUUUUUCUUGCCCAUAAAAAGUUCUCAGUGUAGUCCUACUGUUUAUUGGUUCCCUUGAAAAAAAAACAAAACGUUUUCAAAUGCCAAAUGCAGGCGACAAAAGUAAUUGGAAAAUAUGAAUCCCUCUGAAUUGAGAAUGAUGUGGAUGAGUCAAUACAAUCCAGAACGUAUGUCACUCGAGGAUGCAGCAUCAUUUUUUCAUCCAAACGUUGGCCUCUCGGUAAUGGACGACAUGUCACAACAACAAUCCAUGGAUGUUAAUUCUAUGAUGAAUAUAGUUGGGGGGGAUUUCAAUAAUCAGGCGGCUGUGGGUGCCGCUGCAGUGGCGGCAUCAUCUGUGGCCCUUGGUGUGCAGCCCACUUUGUUGACGACCAACACAAAUGAUAUCUACAAUUUUGCCCAAAUGGGUUUGACCCAGCAACUCCUGCAACAAUCGGCAGCAGCAGUUUUUCAAAACUAUGCCAAUAUGGAGGAUAAUGCCAACAGUGUUUCGGCGGCGGCCACCGCCAACUAUAAUAAUGCCUUAAAUGUAGCUGCGGCGGCGGCAGCAGGUGGUGGUGGAAUUUUGGUGAAUAGUAAUGGUAAACCCAUUACCACAUCACAAUUCUUGGCAGCAGGCGGCAAUGGUGGAGCAGGCACAGCACAAACACAACAGCACCAGCAGCCACAGCAACAGCAAAUGUUUGAUCAAAUUGAAGAAGGAAAUGCCGCCACCGCCGCCUAUGGAGAAGAUUCAUCAGAUAUUACACCAAAACAGGAAAUAAUAAAUAUCGAUGAUUUUGUCAUGAUGACCGAUUCGAAUUCUUAUGAUGAUGAGGAGGGCGACUACAUCAAUGGCAAUGACAAAUCCACUAGUGGUGGCAUCGAUAUAACACAACCGCAUGGUGUGCACGACAACGAUCUGCUAAUGUCCAUGAGUGGCAAACAUAAAUUGCUAAGUGAUGCUGUUGCAGCAGCGGCAGCCAACCGCAGCAUGAUCACCGCUGGCACUCAGUCGACGGCAGCAGUUGCCACUGCCUCAACACCUGGCUCUACAUCCAGCUUGCGCUCACAGCGUAAGACUCGUAAAAUUGAGCCCGUCAAUCGACCAGGCUUAGUUUUAAAAACACCUAUUGCCUAUAAGGGCAAUAUCGAUCCAUCAGUUAUACCAAUACAAAAAGAUGGCAUGGCCGUUUGUGAACGUUGUGGAGCAAUAGGUGUUAAACAUACAUUCUAUACAAAAUCUCGACGAUUCUGUAGUAUGGCAUGUGCCCGUGGUGAAUUAUAUUCGUUGGUGGUGAAUAAAGGUUAUACAACGCAGCAACAACAGGCUCUUUUCAAUAUGGAGAACAAUUUUAACGAAAGCAAAAUGCAGCAGCAACAAUUACAACAACAGCAGCAACAAGAGCAUAACAAUGAACAACAAUCAACGGCGGAGGGGGGAGCACAUCAACAGACGCAACAGCAACAGCAACAAAAUGAUGUGGAAAUGGCUCUUCGUGUGGCCCAUAUCAAAAAUGCCAAUUAUCGCUUUCGCAUCACUGACCAAUCGAAAAUCACACAAAUCAAUGGAUUGGGUGAGCCCAUAGGAGGUGCUGGCAGCAAUAACGGCAACAACAGCAACAACAAUGUAGCCAACGAGGCAACAGCCUCCAAUGCCACAGUCACAGGCUGCAAUACAAUAACACCAGCCGGAGUUGGAUCCACACAACACAUGAAUACCAAUGCUGGUGUACAAUAUGCCGCCGACAAUGAGCAACUGGCCGAAUUGACCAGCACCCCCAAAGCCCUGCAAAUGUAUCGAGAUGUUAUGCCCCAAGAUGAGUUGCCACAAAUUCCCAAAUAUGAUCGUCUUCCAACGCCAUGCCCCCAAAUGGAAAAAAUCAUUAGUAUACGAAGGAGAUUAUAUGAUCCAUCGCAUUCAUAUGACUGGACACCGCGUUUGGCCCGCGAGGAUUUCUAUGCAGCGCCGGUGACAUGUUUUCAUCAUGCGCCCGGCUGUGAUGUGUGGGAUAAUCUGGGCAUCGAUAUGAAAGUGGAGGUGGAGAAUACCGAUUGUGAUCAAGUCGAAGUGAUACAGCCCGGUCAGACGCCGCACUCAUUUUGGGUGGCCACAAUAUUGGAUAUACAGGGCUACAAGGCACUGAUGAGAUAUGAAGGCUUCGAUGACGAGGCUCAUGACUUUUGGGUAAAUCUUUGCAAUUCAGAGGUUCAUGCCGUGGGUUGGUGUGCUACACGCGGCAAACCUUUAAUACCUCCCCGCUCUAUAGAGAAUAAAUACAAGGAUUGGAAAGAUUUUCUGGUAACUCGACUUUCAGGAGCACGCACUUUACCUUCAAGUUUCUACAAUAAAGUCAAUGAUAGCAUGCAGUCAAGAUUUCGUCUUGGCCUUAAUCUCGAGUGUGUGGACAAAGAUCGCAUAUCACAAGUGCGGCUGGCAACGGUUACUAAGAUAGUGGGCAAACGUUUAUUUCUGCGAUAUUUUGAUUCGGAUGAUGGCUUUUGGUGUCACGAAGAUUCACCAAUUAUCCAUCCCGUGGGAUGGGCCACCACUGUGGGCCAUAAUUUGGCAGCGCCUCAAGAUUAUUUGGAACGAAUGUUGGCUGGUCGUGAGGCCAUGAUUGAAGUUCAUGAAGAUGAUGCCACCAUCGAACUUUUCAAAAUGAAUUUCACCUUUGAAGAGUACUAUUUGGAGGGCAAGGCCAAGACCUUUGUCGAAGGCAUGAAACUGGAAGCUGUUGAUCCCUUAAAUCUUUCCUCAAUAUGUGUAGCUACUGUUAUGGCAGUUCUUAAGUUUGGCUACAUGAUGAUACGCAUCGAUUCGUAUCAACCAGAUGCCACAGGAUCUGACUGGUUUUGCUAUCAUGAAAAGUCUCCUAAUAUAUUCCCCGUAGGAUUCUGUUCGGCAAACAAUAUCACCUUGACACCACCCAAUGGUUAUACGGCAGCUAACUUUACAUGGGAAACAUAUUUGCGCGAUACCAAUUCAGUGCCAGCCGGUUCACAUUUAUUUCAUCGUACUGUACCAAGUCAUGGAUUUGAGGUGGGCAUGAGUUUAGAAUGUGCCGAUCUUAUGGACCCCCGUUUAGUGUGUGUGGCCACUGUUUCGCGUGUGGUUGGACGCCUUCUUAAGAUUCAUUUUGAUGGUUGGACAGAUGAAUAUGAUCAGUGGUUGGAUUGUGAAUCGGCGGAUAUAUAUCCAGUUGGUUGGUGUGUUCUGGUGGGUCAUAAACUUGAGGGGCCACCUGCACCAGCGCCGGCACCUCCAAAGGCUGCACCGAAGCCCAAGGCACAGAAAAAGCGCAAAAAGAGAUCAUUGCCUGGGGGCAAUAAAAACUUAAACUCAUCUCAUGAUAGCACAGCACCUCAAGUUAAAUCUCGUACAAUAGCUUUAAAGACAACACCCCAUCUUCCUAAGCUUAGCAUAAAAUUAGAACUUAAGCCGGAGCAUCACAAUCCCGCCUUUUAUGACAAUGCCAAUGCCGGUCAUGAGCCUCUGGACGAGGACGAAGACGACGAACUCGAUGAAUACGAUGAGGACUCGAACAGUUUGAUUUCCAAUCAAUCGUCAUCGCAUGCAUUGGACACAUCGAGCCAAAGUCAACCAACUGGAAGUUCAGCAACAUCAUCAGCGCUACUAAUGAAUCCUGCGGCUGUUGCAGCCAAUGCGGCGGCGGCGGCAGCGGCGGCGUCAACAAACAGUAGUAACGAUAAUAAAGUACGUAAGACCAAAAAAUCGAAUUCUGUUAAGAAACCCCAAUCACCUGCACCGCCUAUUGCGACACGUAAAGCAACUAGUUAUAUUGGGAACUCUUCGGUGAGCAGUACCAAAUAUAUACCACGUUUAAGUGAUUGCAGCGACAAUGAAAGCAAUAGUGAAUUAAUGCCGGAUACUUGGAAUGUCUAUGAUGUAUCACAAUUCCUGCGUGUCAAUGAUUGUACGGCACACUGUGAUACCUUUAAUCGUAACAAAAUCGAUGGCAAGCGUUUGCUACAGCUAUCGAAGGAUGAGAUAAUAACGUUGCUGGGCAUGAAGGUGGGACCUGCAUUAAAAAUCUACGAUUUGAUACAACAACUGAAGUGUAAAUUAAAUCCGGGCAAGUCGCGUAUGCACAAGAAUAAUAAAUAUUUAUAG